CUCUCUCUCUCUCUCUCUAACUGGAGGGGGGAAGCAGCGACCGACGCCACCAAACAGACGGGAGAAGUCGAAGACGAAAUCGAAUCCCUCCCAUUCCUACUUUUUAUUUUCCCCUAUAUUUUUUUGAAGAAUUAAAACGUGUUCUCGAUCGGUAGUAUCCUCAAUCCAGGGUUUCUAUCCGCGUUUUAGAUGCUCUUUUCGGCUCUUCUCGCGGGCGUUUUGAUUAAUCUCUGAGAUCUUGUGGCUUUGGACUCGAUCUAGAUGGAUAAGAACAAGAGCCGCACCGAUCUCCUAGCCGCAGGCCGCAAGAAGUUUCAACAAUAUAGAAAGAAGAAGGAUAAUAAGGGAGGGAGUAGUAGCCAAGGAGGGAAACCCUCGAGCAAGAAGGCCGAGAAAGAUCCUGAUCCUGACACCGACGAGCUGGCGAAGAUCACUGAGCAAGAAUCUGUUGACGCCGAUGCCGUGAGUGCUGGUAAAUUGGACCCGCCCAUUGCUGUACAGUGUGCGGAAUCGGAUCAUGCUUGCGUUGCCGGAGACGACAGCAAUGGAGUCAGAGAAGAUAGGAAAGAUCUGACAGAAGAGGCAUCCGUCGAGCCUUCGGUUGAUAGCAGAGGCUCGAGAUCUGAUAUUGAGAUAGAUCGCGAGGAUGCUGAACAUUCUGGAUUGGAGAAAUUCUCUGAUGUGGAUUUGGAUAUUGGAACCUCAAUGGUGGAUAAACAAAGUAAUGGAGUUCUUGUAAAUGUUUCUGAAGAGGAAGUUCUUGUAAAUGCUAUUGAAGAGGAAGUUGGUGCUUUGCAGCCUAGUUCAGGCCUAACUGAUGACAGUGUGAAUAAAGUUUCUAAUCUCAAAGAGAUGAAUGAUGAAGAAUUGGGUCCUAAAUGUCCAAAUGAGAACUCGGAUAGUGUAGUGAUUAGAGAGGGGGGAAGUGAUACUCUUGAAAGUUUUCAACUCGGGAGGCCUCAAGCAGAAAAUGGGUUGUUGGGUACUUCUGAAGCAAUUCAGCCGAUGGACAUAAAUGUUUUGGGUGACCGUGUUGUGAUUCAGCAUAUGGACUCGGAAAUUUCUGAAGAGAAUUGCAAGAAUACUUCUCUUGAAGAAGACAAGGAAGCUGCGAUUUCAUCGGAAUUUACUUCCCAUGAUGGACUUGAGGAAAAGGUCGAAGAUUUCUUUUCAUGCUCAGUUACUCAUGAACCCACAACAGAACAUAGUGUUGAUGAACAAAGAGGCGGCAAUGCUGAUGACCAUAGAGGCAAAGAAAGUGCUAACGAAGAAACCACCUUGCCACAGCCUCUUCUACUGGAGCCUCUGGGUGCUCAAUCUGAGUCAAUCUGGGAGCUUGAGAAAACAGUGGAUGUGCUAUCACCUGGAGAGAAGGUGGAAGAUGUUAAAGAAGACCAAACCUUACUGAUGUCGGAUUUUAUGCGUAGUGAUUUAAAAGAAGGUAGCUUUGGUGAUGGAAUUGAGAGCAUCAGAAGGCAUCUUUAUGUGACAAAUAUUGAUAGACAUUAUCUACAGUUGCUGCUAGAUGAGCAGACAGAUAUAAACUUGGAUAUUGUCCGGCAUUAUUCUGUUGAAGUGUCCAAGCUCCGGGCAUUGGUUAAAGAAACUGGAGAAAGCAAAAGAAUGGUGGACGAGGAGCUUUCUCUCUGUAAUUCUGAGCUUCAAGCAUUGAAAAUUGAAAAGGAGGAACUUGAGAUUAGCUAUGCCUCUGCAAAACAGGAAAUAGUGGCAUGCAGUAAUAGAUGUUUGGAGUUGCAGCACAAACUGGAAUUCUCCGAACAAGAACUUGAAAGUGUUUCAGCUGAACUAGCUAGUUGUAGAACUUUGUUGGAAGCUUUACAUCUGGAGAAUACAAAAUUUGAGGAGGAGAAAGCUUUUUUGUACAGUGAGAAUUCAAAACUUGCAUCUUUGUUGUUGGAAAAAGAGGAGAGGUUGCUUCUUGCAUUUGAUAAGAAUAAGCAAUUGGAGUCAAAUGUAAAAGAAACGUGGACUCAUUUUGAGCAACUCAUUGAGGAGAAUUUGGAUUUGUUUAUCAGCUUAGAUAUGUACAAAGUCAAAAUAGAAGAAUUGGCUAAUGAUAGUUCUAUGCUGGCACCAGAAGCCUGCAAGGUUACUGAUUCUAAUAAUUCUCAUGUGGAUGGUGAAGCUAGCAACGCACAAGAUCCACUGGUUCAAAAAGUUGAUGACGAAGAGGUUGGUAAUUCUGGAAUUUUGAGGGUUCUAAAGGGGCACAUAGAAGAGGCAAAAAGUAUAUUGGAAAAUGUUGAAAAGUCAAUUCACGGAAUGCACUCUCACUCCACUUCCCUUUCUAGGAGAGCCACAGCCUCUGGCGUGUCAAAACUUAUUCAAGCCUUCGAGUUGAAAACUAAUCAGAUUGAUGAUCCAUCAGAGGAGGCACAGACAAACAGUCUAAAGCAGUCAGAUGAUUCAUACUCAUUAUCUAAGGAGCAAACACGCCUUCUUGGGGACAAAUUGAAGCAGAUGGAAUUAUAUCUGGGAAAGCUUGAAGUAAAUUUGUUGGAUGAAUUUAGUAGCAGGGAACUCGUGAAAAAGUUUGAGACGGAGACUGAAGCACUAGGGAAACAGAAUAAUGUCCUUCAGGUAAAAGUUGAUGAGCUUGUUGGACUUCUUGGCAAUUAUGAAGAAAGAAUUGGUGUUCUGCAGGUGCAAUUUGAUCAUAUGCAUCGAGGUGCAAUCAGUGAGGGUGAAAGGCUUUCAAGCACAACUGAAAUGUUGCAGAAGGAAGUGCAUGAGAGGGUUUCUGUUCUCAGAAAUGAGAGGGAUUCUUUAAAAGGGUUGAUUGUUGAGGCGAUUGAAAAGCUUAGCUCAUCAACUGGAUCACUGGUUCCCAAAGAUUUAGAUGUUGGUAUAAAUAUGUUGACUUUGAUUGAUGCUGCAACAAAGUUGAUCCAGAGCCUUCAUGAGAAGUUAGAUGCUGCUCAAGUGAAUCAUGAUUUUCUAAGUACUUCCUAUGUGGAACUGAAUAAGAUAGUUGCUGAUUUACACGGAAGGAAUGAGCUUGCAACUGGGCAAGUGAAGAAAAUGUGCUAUAGCCUUUCAGAACUUUUGCAUGACUCGUGCGAAGACAUACAUGAAAUUGAGACCUAUGAAAAUUCUGCAGAAGCCCAAGAAGCUUUGUACAUUCACUACGAAGGAUUUCUUGAGCAUUUGCGAAAGAUGCUGGCUGAGAGGCUUGUGCUUCUGUCCAAAAAUAAUGAGGUAGAGGCAAGUCUAUUGAACAAAACUGAAGAAUUUGAAGAGCUGAAAUUGAGAUCUAAUGCUUUGAGUGAGAAGGCAAAUGAGCUUUGUCAUGUCAAAAGCAAGCUUGAAUCGAUUUUGAUGAGUAAAAUUGUAGCUUUUGGAGAACCCAACACUAGUUCCUUUGUUUUGGCCAAGGAAUUGGAUGAAAAUGAUGUAGUUGUUGAAAAUUCUGACAAUGAAGAGAGUAAAUUGCUUAAUUCCUUAUUUUCACGUCUGGAAGCAUCACUUGCUUUGCAUUAUCAGAAAUAUGAAGAGGCAAUUGAGCAAAUUAACUUGCUAAGUGCCUCAAAUAUUCAGCUAGAGACCGAAAUGCAAGUUCUCAAAGGCAGUUUGAAUAAGCUGGAGGAGGCCCUUGAAGCUUCUCAUUCUGUGCUGAAUCUCAAAGUAUCUGAACUCGAGCAAUCAGAACAGAGGGUUUCUUCUCUCAAAGAGAAGCUCAGCAUUGCUGUUGCAAAAGGUAAAGGAUUAGUUGUUCAGCGAGACAGUCUUAAGCAGUCUUUGAUGGAGAAGUCCAGCGAACUCGAGAAGUGUUUACAAGAACUGCAGUCGAAAGAAGCACAUUUCAAAGAAGUCGAGGCAAAGCUCAAGUCCUAUUCCGAAGCAGAUCGAAUUGAGGCCUUAGAGUCUGAACUAUCUUACAUUAGGAAUUCUGCUACUGCUUUAAGGGACUCUUUUCUUCUUAAAGACUCUGUUCUACAGAAAAUCGAAGAGGUCUUAGAAGAUUUGGAUUUUCCAGAGCAUUUUCAUUCAAGAGACAUUGUAGAGAAAGUUGAGCUGCUGUCCAAAAUGGCUGCUGCUAAUUCUCUUCCGCUAACUGAGUGGGACCAGAAAAAUUCCAUGGGUGGGUCCCAUUCUGAUAGAGAUGAUGUGCAAAUGAGUUCAUUAUCUGGGCUUGAGGAAUUACGAAGUAGAUAUGAUGAGCUCCAGAGAAAAUUCUAUGGUUUGGCCGAGCACAAUGACAUGUUGGAGCAGUCUCUCGUAGAGAGGAACAGCCUUAUACAGAAAUGGGAAGAGGUUCUCAAUCGAAUUAGUAUGCCACCACAACUGAAAUCAUUGGAGCCUGAAGAUAGAAUUGAAUGGUUAGCAAAUACACUCUCGGAGGUCCAAAGAGAAAGAGAUGCAUUGCAAUCAAAGAUUGAGAAUCUUGAGGUGUCAUCCGAAAUGCUAACGGAGGUUCUAAAUCAAAUUGAUAUACCACCACAUUUGAAAACAAUGGAGCCAGGAGAUAGAAUUGAAUGGUUAGCCAGUACACUCUCUGAUGUUCAAAAGGAAAGAGAUGCACUGCAAUCAAAGAUUGAGAGUCUUGAGGACUCAUCUGAAAUGUUAAUAGUGGACUUGGAAGAGUCACAUAAGAAAAUAUCUGAGCUCACUGCAGAGAUUUUAGCUAUUAAAACCCAAAAGGAUUUCUUUUCUGAGAGUUUGGAAAAAUUGAGGUUUGAAUAUCUAGCGUUAUCAGAGAGAGCUGUUCAAGAUGAGAUUGACAGAGGUAACUUGCAAAAAGAGCUGGCAGAGUUGCAUGAAAAAAUGGUCGAAAAAAUUGGGAAUGAUGAGAUAUACAAACUAAUUGAUUUGAUUAACAAUGCAUUCCCAGACGGUGAUAGUCUUGACGUUCUCUCCGGUAGUACUGCUACUGAGUAUUUGGAAGCAUUAUUACAGGAGUUUAUAAAUAAGUACAAAACCCUAUCUUCAUCAAGAUUCGUAAACAAAGUUUCUGAAGAGGUGGUUUCAGAAGACAGAAAUUUGGUUGUAGAUACAGGUGCUUCCUCAGAAGCUGAUCUGGAUGACAAUGAGCAGAAAUUAAUGCCUUUAAGGUUAGAAUUAGAUGAAGCCACCCGUACUCUAGAUUUAGUGAAAGGGGAGAGGGAUCAGGCUGUGGAGAAGUUCCAACCUUUAGUAUUGGAAAUUGAGGAAUUAAGUAAAGAAAGAGACAUAUUGCAUGAGAAGUGUCGAUCCUUGGAGUUGGAAGUAGAGACAGUGAGUAAACAGAGAGACGGUUUAAAAGAACAGUUAAUUCAGGAGGAGCAGAAGACUGCCUCUACGAGAGAGAAACUAAAUGUUGCUGUUCGAAAGGGAAAGGGGCUGGUGCAACAAAGAGAUAGCUUGAAACAGUCCAUUGAAGAGAUGAAUGCUGUAUUAGAAAAACUAAAGAGCAAGCAUGAUCAACAAAUAAAAGCCCUAGAAUCUGAGAAGUCUUUGUUGAUGAAUAGAUUGGCCGAGAGAGAGCAGAUUUUGAAUGACAAUAAGCUGACUCUGAAUAAAUUCUUAACAGCUUUGCACUCUAUUGAUGCAGGUGGGGAUUGUAAUACCAUUGAUCCUGUGCAGAAAAUAGAGGAAAUUGUAAAGUUCUGUCACGAUCUUAGUAAAAAAGUAGCUUCUUCUGAAGCUGAAGCACAGAAGUCUAAAAAAGCUGCUGAGCUGCUACUGAACGAGUUAAAUGAAGUACAGGAAAGGGCUGAUAUCCUCCAGGAGGAGCUGGCCAGCACAGAAGCUACCAUCAUAGAAUUUUCUAGACAAAGAGAUGCUUUAGAGGCUGCGAGAACUGAUGCUCUUCAUCGUCUUGAACAAGUUAAUUUGAAUCAUUCACAGGAAAGAAAAGAAACAGCAUACUAUUUAUCCGAGUUGCACUCUUCAAUUGACCAGCUUAGAAAAGUCUGCUUUGAUAUUUCAAGUUGCGUUGUCAAUGUUUUUACGAGGGAGGUGGACUUUAUCGCCUAUGUCGAGACACUCAUGGAUUCAGCUAGUAAGCAGAUCGACAGUGCACAUUUUGUUGAGUUACCGGUUGUAUCAUUUAAUGGCUUCUGCUCAAGCAAUCCAAUGAAUGAGAAGUCCCAUUCUUCUGAUGCUCUCUUCAAUGUCAACAUCCAUGGAUCUGAUGAUAGCUCAAUAGUUGAGCAUGUUGCUACUGUUCACAAUGCAGUGAUUGAAUGUAUGAGCGAAUUUGACCAUUUGAAAAGAAACGUUGACCAUCACACCUCUUCGAUUGACCAGCAUGCAAUGCGGCUGUUAAAAUCAGUUGAGUUUGUACAAACAAAAGUUGCUUCUGAGAAGGAAAAGACAGUGUCUUUGAAAAGAGACUUACUGGGGUUAGAAUCACACAUGAAAGAAAAAGAAGCUGAAAGUUUUUCAACACAGAAGAACUUAUCUUUGUUGUAUGAAGCAUGUAGCACUUCACUUGCUGAGAUUGGGAGUUUGACUUCUGGAGAGAGCUUAAGAAAUACUGGCCAUUUGAUUUCACUUACUGACAAUGAAAUUAGAUUGAUUGCUGAUAGGUUAAUGGCCACUAUUAAGGGCAUAAGCAAUAAAAGUGAGAUAACUGAGUUACAGAGACAAUUGCAAGAAAAGGAUAUCCAAAUGAAUCAGAUCUGCACGGAACUUGUUUCACAGAUAAGGGAUGCUGAGACUGUUGCAAAGAAGUUCUCUGUUGAUCUUGAUUAUGCGAAAGAAAAAAUUCAUAAUUUAGAAAAGCAGAUUGAAGCUAAAGAGAAUGAUAAACGGAUUUUAGAGCAAAGAGUAAAGGAGCUAGAAGGUAUGGAGGCUUUGUCGACUGAGUUGCAAGUAAAAUUUAAAUCUUUGACCGAUGUAUUAACUGCCAAAGAUCAAGAAAUAGAGGGUCUUAUGCAAGCACUUGAUGAAGAAGAAACACAGAUGGAAGAAUUGGACAAAAGGAAGAGAGAACUUGAGGGCUUGGUUCAAGAAAAGGAUUUCACAUUGAAGAGUCUAGAAGUUUCUCGGGCCAAGACUGUAGCAAAGCUCUCCACAACCGUAAACAAAUUUGAUGAGUUACAUAAUCUCUCUGAAACCCUAAUUGCUGAGGUAGAAAACCUUCAAUCCCAAUUGCAAGGGCGUGACUCGGAGAUCUCAUUUCUGCGGCAGGAGGUAACUAAGAGUACCAACGAUCUUUUGGCCUUACAAGAGGCUAACAAGAAAUAUUCAUCUGAGAUUGAUGAUUUACUAGGAUGGUUGGAUAAGAUGGUAUUAAUUUUUGGGUUGAAUGUUAAGAUUUCGGAUGGCUCUGAGGGCACCAGUCAAGUUCACGUGUAUAAAAAUAUAUUGGAUAAGCAAAUAGUGUCUGUUAUUACCGAGUUGAACGAUCUGCGGGUUUCUGUUCAGAAUAAAGAUGCUUUGCUUCAGAUUGAAAGAGGAAGAGUGGAGGAGCUGUUGCAUCGAUCUGAAGCUCUUGAGACUUCUUUGCGCCAGAAGGAACAAUCCAGCAGUAGGACAUUGGUGCCUUCAGAGAUUGAACAAGUGAGAGACAAGCUAAACCCAGGUGCAGUCGUCGCACAUGUCCGCAGCGGGCGCAAAGUCAACAAUGACCAAGUAGCUAUAUCUAUCGACACAGAAAAUGAUGAUCAUUCAUUGCAUGAUGACGAUGAUGAUAAAGCACAUGGUUUCAAGUCUCUCGUUAUGUCACGUUUUGUUCCAAGAGCUACUCGACCUAUAUCUGACAGAAUUGAUGGAAUAUGGGUAUCAGGUGAUCGAUUACUAAUGAGACAACCUACGCUACGGCUUGGUGUUUUGAUAUAUUGGAUUGCCUUGCAUGCAUUACUGGCGAGUUUCAUUUGACGCAGAUCUAGCUCUUUCUCAAAGGUCUUGGAUUCAUAAUAAGAUAGCCUGAAUAAAGAAGUAACUUUACAGCUUAUGGAAUUACAGGUUUGGUAAUAGGUUAUUCGUGAAGCAUUUGGUAACUAUAUAGAGCCUUUCAAUGCCUUUAUCUAUAUGGUUGUCGGAAGUCAAAAAGCUGGGUUCACUUUAUUUACCUCAGGUUCUACGGUUAUCAAGCCUAAAUAUUAUGUCGAGUGCCUUCACUAAUCAGCAGCCAUUUCCCCGCAAGAUCGUAAUCGGGUCACCCAUGUAUAUGGCGAAUUCUUUUUUUUUUCUACAAUAUCAAAAGUAAACAUAUAUGUCCGCAACAUUUACCAAUUAAUUUCAGCCAUAUUGGCGGCUGUGGAUUUUAUCAUCUCAGUUUGCCUAGGGUUGAUGUUCAAUAAAAGCAGCAACACCCCGAUUGGAGAAGCAAAAAUGAUUCAACAACGUAUGCGUCGGGACACCCCUCUUGUACAUUAAUUAUCUCAUCUUGUUCUGUUUGUUUCAGUAAAGAUAAAAUGCUUCCAUUUUUUCUUUUGUUAUAUGUUAUUGGAUACACAGUUAUAUUCUGUACACAAGAAAUAGCAAUACAAUGCAGAGAUCAUUAGGCAGCUUUUUUUUUUUGCCGCCGCAAAGAAGAGUCAUGUGUGCAAGAAGAGGUUUAGUGAUUGUGAUCUUAUCCUCUCCAGUUUGUUCACUUGGAAUAUCUCGUGGUGCCAUGUUACCGCGAGUUGUUUACUUGUUCUCCUCUACUAUUUUUUGUGUGUGUGUAAAUAUUUAAACUAUCUAUGAAUUUGGAGGUAAGAAGCAAGAAUUUGUAGCUGAGUUUUUUUUUUA